AUGAGUUCAGAGCAGGAAAGUGAUUCUCUAUAUUUGGGGAAUGAAAUAGAAACUGAAUUUGAAGGCAACACUCAAGGAACACGCCGUUCUUCUCCCGAAUCUUUUAAUGCAAAAGAUACAAAAAGAAGACGGGUUGAAUAUGAACAGGAUUCUUCCUUAAAGACGAGAGCGGUUCAAAGGUCUGUUUCUACCAAUUUAUCUAGGAAUAAUACUGCGGAUUCAACUGGUGAAGAUACUGUCCAAAAUGCUAUUCAGUCGAAUCCUCAGUUUGAAAACCGUGUUGGAGUUAUUGAAUGCAUUCACCUUAUUAAUUUUAUGUGUCAUGAUUCGUUGCGUAUAAGUUUUGGCUCAAGGAUCAACUUCGUUAUUGGUCACAAUGGAAGUGGUAAAAGCGCGAUUCUAACUGGACUUACUGUUUGUCUAGGGGCAAAAGCCUCUAGCACCAAUCGUGCUCCAAACAUGAAGAGUCUGAUCAAGCAAGGUAAAAGCUUCGCAAGGAUAUUAGUCACUAUUAGCAAUAGAGGGUUUGAGGCAUAUCAAAGGGAUGUCUAUGGUGAUUCUAUUACCAUUGAACGUACUAUUCGACGGGAAGGCUCUACUGAAUAUAAGCUUCGGAGUCAAGAUGAUACAGUGAUUUCUACGAAACGGGAGGAGUUGGAUAGUAUAUGUGAUCACAUGGGACUUCAAAUAGACAAUCCUAUGAACAUUCUAACACAAGAUACGGCGCGACAAUUCUUAGGAAACUCUAGCCCAAAAGAAAAGUACCAACUCUUUAUGAAAGGAAUCCAACUCAAACAAUUAGAGGAUAAUUAUUCUUUGAUUGAGCAAAGCUUGUAUCAAACUAAAAAUGCUUUGGAUGGGAAAAAGUCUGGUCUUCUUCAAUUAGCUAAGAAAGAGGAAGAUUGUAAAACCAAAUGGGACCAAUCCCGCGAAACAGAAAACCUUCAUAAUAUAUUAGAAAAGAAGAAAGAAGAAAUGGCUUGGGCAUUAGUUGUUGAAGUUGAAAAGGAACUUCUGGGUACCGAAGAAGAAGUACGCGUUGCGGAAACCCGUGUUAACCAGUGUCACGAAGAGAGGAAUUCGUACAUUAAAAAAUUUGGUGAAUUUGACGAAAGGAUUGUAUUGAAGAAUCAGGCUAUGGAAAUUCUUAAAGCGUCUAUCACGGAAACCAAAGCAAGGUUCGAAAAUGUGAUUAAAACUUUUGAGGCACACCGUUCGGAAGUGAACGACGUAGACAUACAAAAAAGAGAUAUUCAAAACAGUAUAAAUGCUGCAAAAAACUGUCUUCAGAUUUACAAAGAUCAACUUGCUAGUGAACGUGAACGCCAAAAUAAUGAUGAUGUCUCCGAUCACCAACGAAGACUCGAUGAGAUUUCUACUUUACAAAGACAAAUUGCUAAUUUGAGUGAACAGGCAGUUGAAUUGGAAUCCAAAAGGAAUGAACUACAUACGACUGUUCUUGAAAAAGAAGGUAACCUAUCGUCUUUUCUUGAUAAAAAGGAUACUUUAGCUAAACAGGUGACCAAUCAAGCCGAAAAGAUUCGCGUCAUGGAAGAAGUUCAGAAAGACAAGUUGACAGCGUUUGGUAAAAAUAUACCAUAUCUGCUACGAUUAAUAACACGAGAGACUCGAUUUCAGCAUCCUCCCAAGGGACCAAUGGGUCAAUAUAUGACGGUAAAAGAAGAAAAAUGGCAUCUCACUAUAGAGAGAAUAUUGGGAAAUGUAAUUAAUGGUUUUAUUGUGCGGACUCAUCAAGACCAACUUGUUUUAAAAGAAUUAAUGCGUCGUGCUAAUUGUAAUGCUACUGUCGUCGUAGGCCGUUAUGACCCUUUUGAUUAUUCUUCUGGGGAACCCGUCACUCCCUACUCCACUGUCCUUCAGGCCAUUCACUUUGAAGAUGAUGAAGUAUUACAUACAUUGAUCAACCACCUAGGAAUCGAAAAGAUGCUCUUAAUUGAAGAUAGGAAAGAAGCCGAAGCAUACAUGAAACGUGGUGUCAUCAAUGUAACUCAAUGUUAUGCGCUGGAUCCAAGAAGCAAAGGUUUUGGAUUCCGUAUAGUAAGCAACCAAAGAUCGUCAGGUAUAUCCAAAGUUACGCCAUGGAAUCGUCCACCAAGAAUUGGAGGAUCCAGUUCUAUGGACGCUAGGCUAGAAAAAAAUCAGCUAGAGAACCUUAAGCAACUCUACGAUAAUGCUAAUAAUGAUCUUCUUGCUGCAAAGCAAGAACUGGGAAGGCAUAAAAGGGAAGAGCAAAUAGUCAUCGAGAAAAUUGAAGCAAUUAAAAGAGAGAUUUUGGAUACGCGGAGACAGGUUAAUGCCUUGGAGUCAGUGGAAACCUCGGUGCUGGACACUGAGAAAAUACAAAGUCUUGAAAGAAAAAUUUCAGAGACGGAAAAAGAAUUAGAAAGUUAUGUCGGUCAGCUUCAGGAUGCUAAAGACGAGGAACGAAGGAUAAGGGAGGAGCAAUUACCUGUUAUAGAUGAAAUUGAAAUGUUUAAGGAAAAAAUUCAAGGUGAAAAUCAAAAGUUGGCAAUACAGCAAGCCGAAAUUGAUCAAAUAAGAGACGAAAAAACAAGACUGGAAAUGGCCCAAGAGGAAUACAUAAAUAAGUCCGAACAUUUGCUAAACGAAAUGCGAGAAAAAGAGGCAAAACGGAUACGCUGUUCCCAAGUAGUAGCUGAGUAUACCGCGAAAGCUGCCACUCGAUGCGAACGGGUUCCGGUGACACAUACGCCUGUGGAGCUGGAUAAUGAAAUUGAACGAUUACAGCUUCAAAUUACUGAAUGGCGAAACCGGACUGGUAUAUCUGUAGAGCAAGCGGCUGAAGAUUAUUUGAAAGCAAAAGAAGAACAUGAUCGUUCCAAGUUCCUCGUAUCAAAACUGCAAUUACUAUUGGAAACGCUGGAAGAGACACUGAGGAAGAGAAAUGAAAUGUGGGCUAAAUUUAGAAAGCUAAUUACUCUUCGUACUAAAGAACUGUUUGAGCUUUACUUGAGUCAAAGAAACUUUACAGGGAAGUUGGUUAUUCGACACCAAGAUGAAUUUCUAGAGCCGAGGGUAUAUCCCGCCAACAGGAAUUUGUCGGUAUCUAGAGACCGUCAAACAUUGUCUCAAGUUAGUGUCCAAGGUUUAUCAGGUGGAGAGAAAUCAUUUGCUACUAUUUGCAUGUUAUUAUCUAUAUGGGAAGCAAUGAGUUGUCCACUCAGAUGCUUGGAUGAAUUUGAUGUUUUCAUGGAUGCUGUUAAUAGGCUUGUGAGUAUCCGUAUGAUGGUCGACUCAGCAAAAGACUCCUCUGAAAAGCAAUUCAUAUUCAUUACCCCACAAGACAUGGGUCAAAUUGCUUUUGAUGAUGAUGUUGUAGUCUUUCGUUUAAGUGACCCUGUUAAGUCUUCAAGUGCUCUACCUGCCUCUACAGCUCCAUGA